AUGCAGUCGGCGCUAAAACUAGGAAAUAAGUUAAAAGGUGCUCUGAAAUCGACCACGAUAGACGGUCAAGUGUUGGAUUGUUUUGCGAAUAUCGAUGAAGCUGAAGUGGACGGAGUCGACAAUGUUGAUAUAUUAAAGUAUUUAGAUAGUAUAGCGGCGGAUGAGCUGCGUGGAGACGAUUUGAGCAAUUAUAAAGUUGUAUUGACUAACGUUGAGACGAGAUUGCAAGCUGCGCGGCGCGGCACGGUGCGCGUGUUCUCGCUGGCGGUGCACCGCGCGGCGCCGGCGGGCGCGGCGGGCGCGGCGGGCGCGGGCGCGCGGCUGUGGGCGCUGGAGCGCAGCGAGCACGACUUCCACUUGUUGAGGAGCAAACUGCACGAGUUCCACGGCGACGCGCUGCUGCACAACCUGCCGCUGCCGUCCAGGAGAGACAACAGCCCCCUAGAAACACUCCGGUACAAAUACGAAGACUUCCUACAAAGGUUAUUACAGAAGAGUCUUCUCCAGACAAGCGAACUUCUCCGAAUCUUCCUCACUGAAGACGGAGACUUCUCCAUGGUGGUUCAGGCUUCCACCUUAAACGCCACCAGCACUGACCUGGUGAAUAUAUACCAGUCGGUGACACAUAAACUGAGGAAAGAGAAGGGACAGCAUCUGGAGAGUUUUCUGAGGAAUUUACUUGUGUCUUCCGAUAUCGAUCGGUAUCAAGCUUUGUGAGUAUAUAAGUUAUGU